AUGGCAUGUAAAAGCAGUAAAAUAUCAAAAUACAUUAAUUAUACAAUUAAAGUUACUACCAUUGAAGGAAGAAAUUUUGUUGGUAAGUUUUUAGCAUUUGAUAAAUAUAUGAAUAUGAUUUUGUCUGAAACUAUUGAAAAAAGAACAGUUAUGAAUAAAAAAACACGCGAAGAAAAAGAGAUUGAAAGGUCUUUAGGACUGAUGUUAUUACGAGGUGAUUGUAUUCAAGGAUAUACUGUUUUAUCACCACCACCUAAAAGAAAACAACAAAACUUUGUUCCAAAUGUUGUAAAUACUUCAGUUAUUACUGCUGGUCCACAAGCAAAUCCAUCUUUAGUUGCACCAACUAGAGGUGUUGGAAUUCCUCAACCAAUGAUGGGAGGUAUUCCUAUUCCUUCAUUGUACCCUCAAAUGGGGGUUGUUCCUCCAGGACAAAUUCCUGUUCCUGGAGUUAUUCCAGGUGUUCCACCAAUGAUUCCAGGAGCAAUUCCACCUGGAAUUCCAAUGUAUCCACCAAUGGGAAUGAUACCACCGAUGGGUCCUCCACCUCAAAUGAAUCCAAUGAUGCCACAACCUCAACCAAAUGGAACAAAUCCAACAGAUUCAGCUGAUAAUUGA